AUGAUUAAUUAUCAUAUAAACACUUUAAGAGGAAUUGCUACAGAGUAUAAGCCAGUUUUGUUUGAAGAUUUAUUCUUUGAUAAGAGUCAUUUGAGCACUAAUAAAAUUGGUGCUAUAAGUCUUUAGAAUCUUGAAUAAUUAAGACAUGAUCCAAAAUCUAUAAUGGAUAAUUUAGUGAUUAAUGAUGUAACACAAUUAGUACAUGAAUUGUAAAAUAUGCCAUAAUGUCUUAUAUGCACAUCAUGUAAUGAUUUUGAUAAAUUAAAUCGAUUACUUUAAUAUUGCCAUCAUAUUGAUAUAGCUAUUGGAUAUUAACACAACAUAUCAAAAUAAUUGAAUAAUCUACCUUUGUAUUCAGUUGAUAAUCUAAUAAAGAAAUUAGAAAUGGAAAUAACAAUGGGAACUAAUAAUUUAAAACCAGCAUUUAUAGGAGUCAUCAAUUUUGAAGAAAUAGAUUUCAAUAAUCAAAUUUGGAUUAAUAUAAUGGAGAGUUAUAUCUAAUGUUCUGAAAAUUGUGGAAUACCAAUUGUAGUUGAUCAUAAUCAUAAAUUAGAAUUUAAGGAGAUACAACAAAAAUAUAAUAUAAGAAAAGCAAAAUUCAUUAUUUUGAAUCCAUAUAUAGAAGUCAAAAUUACAAAAUCUAAUUAUUGUAUUAGAAGAGAAAUUAAUAUUGAUUCAAUAGAUUUAAAAUAAAAGAUUGUAUUCAAUAAAAAUGAAGUGGAUUAUGAAUUAUAUAAUUUAUUGCCUGUCUAUUUUACAAUUGGAAUUAAGUAUAAAACACAUUUGAGAAUGUUUGGAGGUAAUGGAUUUGAGAUUUUGAAAUCAGAAACAUAAGAAUUAUUUGAUCUAUUAAAGUGGUCUAGUUAAAUUACUAAGUUAGUUGAAAUAAAAAUGUGGAAAUGUCCUAUGUAAUGAAAUUGAAUUUAAGAUUAGUUGUUAAAAAGAGUAAGGAGAGAAUGAAGAGAGAUUUAAGAAAAUGGGAAAAGAGUUCUGUAGUAUGAAAUGUUUGAGAUAAGGAUUGAAUUGAU